CGGCGGUUCUCAUCGGCUUGCAGAAGUCAUGGGGAGUGACGAUCGAGGGGUGGACGAAAGGAGCGGACUGUAACGUGUUGAGCCUCAGCACCCGCAUUGGAUGUGACGGCAGAGGCAUGAUUUCCAUGCUAGAUCUUUCUAGCCUCAACUUGACCGGCUCCAUUCCCGAAAGCAUCACCUCGCUCUCGUCUCUCUCGGACUUAAGGUUGAGCACAAAUGAGCUCUCUGGGUCCAUUCCAGCUGUUAUUGGAAAAAUGCGCUCCUUGAAAAACGUGAAUAUCUCCUAUAACUCUUUGACCGGCUCCAUUCCCGACAGCAUCACCCUCCUCACGGGACUAACGGCAUUGGAUCUGGGGAGCAACUUUCUUACUGGAAACCUUCCCAACAACCUGACUGCGCUCACUGCACUGAAGUUGUUAGCCUUGAACAAUAACGGGCUCAAAGGUUUUAUUCCUGAUGGCUUUGGAAGCAUGCAGUCCUUAAAAAUAGU